CUCAAUGGGAAGGAGGUCUCCAAUUAUGAAGCUCCGUUGAAAACCGUUCAAGUGUUUGGAUUAAACCCACUGCAGACUGCAGGAGCCCCUCGUUUGACAUUUUCUGGUCGAAAAGAAUUCAUUGAGGAGAGGAUGAUGUCUGAUGCCAGUGAGAUGUUGGCGGCUGCCUUGGAGCAAAUGGAUGGGAUCAUUGCAGGCUCUAAGGCCAUGGACUACUCCAACGGCCUGUUUGACUGCCAGUCACCCACUUCCCCUUUCCUGGGUGGCCUUCGGGUGCUUCACCUACUGGAAGAUCUGCGGGCGGCACUGGAGCUCAUGGACAAUGAGGAGCGGGACAACCUGCGAUGUCAGAUUCCUGAUUCCACUGCAGAGGGCCUGGCAGAGUGGCUGCAUGGACGAAUAACUAAUGGACAUGUUUCAGAAGCAGUCUACCAAGAACGUCUGUCACGGCUGGAGAGUGACAAAGAAUGCCUUAUUCUUCAGGUAAGUGUUUUAACAGACCAGGUGGAGGUUCAGGGUGAAAAGAUUCGGGACCUCGACACCUGCCUCGAGCAUCAUAGGGAGAAACUAAAUGCUACUGAGGAUCUACUUCAGCAGGAGCUGUUAAACAGGAGUACACUGGAGACCCAGAAGCUGGAGCUGAUGACUGAAGUGUCGAGCCUGAAGCUGAAGCUCACUGCUGUGGACAGAGAUCACAGGGACAGCGAGGGCUUGUACCAGGAAGUAACGGACCUGCGGUUCAGGGUGACUGACAUAGAGAAUGAAAGACUGCAGUGUGAGAAGAAACUAAAAGCUACCAAACGUCCAAAGUGGAACACUGAGCGGUUCACUGGAGACGAGGAUGAGCUGCAGCUUCUGCAGAAACAGUUGGAGGAGCGAGAGCUGGAGCUGAGGGGGCUGAAGGACGAGAGCAGACUGAGGGUGGAGAGCCACAACAGAGUCGAAGGAGGAGAGAGAGAUGCAGAAAUGUUGAAGAUGAAGAGGGUGCUGGAAUCAUUGACGUCGGCCAAUGAUCAGAAGGAGCAAAGGAUAAAGGAGCUUGAAGAAUCACUUACAAAGUGCAAGAAGGUGCAGGAGUUGGUCAAAGAGAAGUUAAAGGAAGAUGACUAUGACGAUAUACCAGAUGAUCCCUCAGUUCCUGGAGCCAUGGAGGUGGAUCAGGUCACUCUGGCGUUGGAGGGAGAGACAGGAAGGAGCUCUGGCGAAUCUAUUCCGUGUAUAGCUGUGCUUUCUGAAAUGAAUGAGAUGGACAGAGAACGACAGCUGCAGACAGCAGAAAGUUCCUCAGAUCGUCCGAAGCUGAGCAGCUCACCAGUAACAGGCAGGGCUGAGCAGAGCAAAAAUAAAGCAAGUACAACAAGUAACGAGAGCUUUGGUACAAAGAGGGCUCGGACUUCCUUUGGCCGUGGUUUUUUCAAACUGCGUGGAGGCAAGCAGACAGCCAGCGCCCCGAACUUGGCAGAGACAGAAGGUAAAGGCACAGAUCACCUAGACUUGGCUGGUGUUCCUCCACAAAAAUCUAAGGAUGGUGCUCCUCUACCGUCCUCACUAGAAACCAAAAAGAAGUCAAAGGGUUUCAAGAAAUUCUUUGGCAGGCUGAAGAGGAGUCACUCUACCUCCUUCAACCUUGAUGAUGCAGCAGAGAUGGAGUUCAGGAGAGGAGGAGUCAGAGCCACAGCGGGGCCUCGUCUCGGCUGGUCACAUGAAACAAAACACCACGCUGUGGAUGUUCCCUUCUCACAGUGGAAUAAGGAUGAUGUGUGUUCGUGGCUACAUGAGCAGGGUCUGGGUUUAUAUGUCGCUCAAGGACAGAGCUGGAUCAAAUCAGGACAAAGUUUACUACAGGCAUCACAGCAUGACCUGGAGAAGGAGCUGGGCAUCAAGCAGCCUCUGCACAGGAAGAAGCUGCAUCUGGCCCUACAGGCUCUGGGGUCAGAGGAGGACGACCUGAAGGGCAAACUGGACCACCACUGGGUGACGAGGUGGCUGGAUGACAUUGGCCUCCCGCAGUAUAAAAGUCACUUUGAUGAGGCUCGUGUUGACGGACGCAUGCUGCACUACAUGAUGGUGGAAGACCUGCUGUCUCUAAAAGUUGGCAGUGUUCUCCAUCACCUCAGUAUCAAGAGAGCUAUUCAGGUCCUGCGCCUCAACUCCUAUGAACCCAACUGCCUCAGGCGAAGACCCUCUGAUGAGAACAACAUCACACCAGCAGAGAUCUCCCAGUGGACCAAUCACAGAGUGAUGGAGUGGCUCCGAUCAGUGGAUUUGGCAGAAUAUGCACCAAACCUGAGGGGGAGUGGUGUUCACGGAGGGCUGAUGGUGUUGGAGCCCCGCUUCAACGUGGAAGCACUCGCCCUUCUGCUCAACAUUCCUCCCAAUAAAACCCUGCUGAGACGCCACCUGGCAACACAUUUCCAUCUUCUGAUUGGCUCAGAGGCGCAGCGGCUCAAACAGGACUGUCUGGAAAACCCAGACUACACCAUCCUCACCGCCACCGCCAAGGUCAAGCCCAGACGUCUGUCAUUCGGGGGCUUCGGUUCCCUGAGAAAGAAACGUCUGGAGGAUGGUGAAGAAUAUGUCUGCCCCAUGAACGUGGAGAUGCCAAAGAGCAGCAGUUUUCAGAGGGGUGUUUGCCUCUAUGAAGAUAACCUGGAGCACCUGGAGCAGAUGGAAGACUCUGAAGGGACCGUUCGACAAAUAGGGGCGUUUUCUGAAGGAAUCAACAAUUUGACGAGCAUGUUGAAGGAAGAUGAGUUUUUCCGGGAAAUGUCAGUCUGUCCUCCUGACGACAACGCUGCGACAUCAGACUGAGACGACUUCAUAGGUUCAUCAUAUUGACGAGAAAAAAAAGAAACUGCCAAAUGUGUUCUAAAUAGACACUCUUCACCUCUCACCAACUUUUGUCGAAGAAUGUUUUAAGACCUCUGCUUUAUAUUGUCAACCAUAUUCUACACACAGAUAUUUAUUGGAGCCAUAAAUAAUGCAUGAACUGAAAAUGCAAGAUGCUAUUCCAUUAAUUUAGCUCUAAUUGCAUUUAUGCUUUGUGUCCAGUAAAUAACCAUACAUGUGUUCUCCCAUAUUCCUCAGCUACAUUUCCUCUCUGAGUGAUAUGAAAACAUUAAUGUUAUUAGUGGUACUAAGGUUGAAUUACUUGAUCUUAAAGGCCACAGAGGGAUUUUUCUUCCCACUUGUAUCUGAAAAUCCCUUUUGUUCUAUUUUACAUUUAGCUAUGAUUUAUAAGGUUGAGCUUCGACAGUAACAAACUGCAUGGAUGUGUUUGUAACCAGUCACUGGUUGUGAUUCUGGCUUCAUUUGCUUGUUUUUAACUGGAGUCCCAUCAACUAGACUCAGUUUGUUAGACACAGAGCUGAACACACUUGUGUCCUGCAUUAAAUUCUAGCUUCAUGAGGAGGAUUAUGAAGAUUCAGACUCUGUUGAUUUGUUUAUUGAGCCCUGGUUGUUUGGAAGGUGUAAUUUCAGGUAAAAAAAAAAAAAAAAAAAAUAGCUUGUUAAAGUCUUCAAAAUGAGUCUGAAAUUAAACCACCACCAU